AUGCGGAUGGGAGCUGAGGCUUGGCUGGGAAGUGAAUUAAGAAUACGUGGAGCCUAUGCAUGGAACAGCUUGUUAAAAAAAAAUGUAAGAUUGGCUUUAGGAUCAGACUUUCCGGUUUCAUCAGUGUCACCUUUCUUGGGGAUCCAUGCGGCAUUCACUCAAAGAAAGGCAGGUCCCAGUGAUAACGAUGAUCAUCAAGGAUGGUAUCCAUCAAAAAGGAUCGAAAGCCUCCAACAAAUCAUUGAUGGAUUUGCGCAAUCCAUGCUAGUUUUGCUGGCUUCACUGAUCAUCUCACUGGAAGUUUACGCGUUGGAAAACUGGCAUGGCCAAUUUUGUGAUCAUCAAUCAGAAUCUAUUUGA